AUGGAUUAUUUGAGGAAACUCUUGGAUUCAGUAUGUCCACCAAAAGGCUGCCAUACUGCUGUGUCUUCGAAAGCACCCAUUGUGACACUGGGCUUUAUAAAAGAAUCACAUUUGGUCCGUCUGGCAGGUUUCUCAGGUGUUUUGGCAAUAUCACUAGGUGCAUAUGGAGCACAUGUUUUACGUGAAGGUGGAAAUGCAGAUGAACGGCGUGUUCGUGCUUUUGAAACCGGAAAUCGUUAUCAUCUGAUACAUUCAGUAAUGCUAUUCCUUGCUAAUAAGGCACGCUUCCCAUGGCUUACUGUUUCGCUUUUCCUCGGUGGUAUGGUAGUCUUCUCUGGAUCUUGCUACCAUUACAGUAUGACUGGUAAAGACUGUCUGAGAAAAUACACUCCGAUCGGUGGUGUGAUGUAUAUUUUAGCAUGGCUUUCGUUCCUGUUUUGA